CGGCACUGGGAGGUCGAUUCAGAAUGUCCGCCUUCCUCGCCCUCAUAGACAAUGCCGAUGCCUCUCUUAUUUGGCCGCUGUCCCGAAUAGCUCCACUGAUUCUCACAGCCGAUGCAGCAUCGCAGAACACGUUGCCUGCAAAUGCAUCGUACUUCGUCCUUGCAGAGCAUGACUCGUCUGCAAACCUUGACGAUGUUGUAUCCUGGCUCGACAAUGGCGCAGACAAGGUCAUCCUUCCCCUUUCAUGGGCUAUAGAACUUGCCGGAGUCCUUCCGCCAGAGCGCCUAGUGCUACUCCUAGAUGUCGCGAACGUAAGCGCCGUCUCAGACAAGCUCAGAGCCGGCGUCUCUGGUGUCCUCGUCCGGACUCCAGCAGCGGAUGCCGAAUUCGUUUCCUCAAUCUCGCGUUUUUUCACAGGCUCGGACAUAUAUGUCCAAUCAACUGCCUCCUCGCCUCCUUCUCUCCAAACAAUUCGCCAACUUAAAAAUGCGAACGCGACUCUCGUGCUACCGACUUCGCAACUAUCUAUCACUGAUACAUCGUCUUCUCAUCUCAAUAUCGCAGAUGCAUUUCUCGCUCCAAUUUCUACGGACCGGCCAGACGGCCUAAUCCCGACCGUUGUUUCAUCCUUUAAUCAGGGUGGUAGAUCACUGGGCCUCGUCUAUUCAUCGAUUGAAUCAAUUAAGGAAAGCAUCCUGACCGGGAGGGGCGUCUAUCAGAGCCGUAAGCACGGACUUUGGAGAAAGGGAGAAACUUCAGGCUCAACCCAAGAUGUUGUAAAAAUAUCCCUGGACUGUGACUCCGACAGUCUCGAGUUCAGUGUCAUCCAACAUGGAAAGGGAUUUUGCCAUUUGGAUCGUCCGUCUUGCUUCGGUCGCCUUUCUGGACUAUCCGCACUUGAGCAGACUCUACAGUCGCGACUUGAAUCGGCGCCUGAGGGUUCUUACACGCGGAGACUAUUCAAUGACCCUGACCUGCUACGCUCCAAGAUUAUGGAGGAAGCCGACGAGUUAAGUACGGCGGAGACUAAGGACCAGGUCGCGUUUGAAGCUGCAGAUCUCAUUUACUUCGCCCUCACUCGCUGUGUCGCAGCCGGUGUCAGUAUCGCAGAUAUCGAACACAAUCUAGACAAAAAGUCCAAAAAGGUCACUCGGAGACCAGGCAACGCAAAACCACAAUGGUCAUCCAAGCCUCAAAACAACAACUCUACAACGCAAGAUGGAGAAAAAGCGAACUCAUCCAGUCCCGCCCCACUUUCACCAGACGAACCAAUUCGAAUGCGUACGACCUCGCUUGACGGAAUAUCUGCUACCGCUCGUGCAGAACUCCUCAAGCGUCCAGUCCUACGGUCCGACGAAAUGAUAGCAAAAGUCAAGCCCAUCGUCGAUGCCGUGCGCACCCGCGGCGACGCCGCCCUCCUCGACUUCACCGCCAAGUUUGACAAGGCCACCUUAUCCUCACCUAUCCUACGCCCUCCAUUCUCUAAAGAAAGCAUGGCACUCCCCACCGAGGUGCGCGCCGCAAUCGACAUUGCAUACGCGAACAUCCGCAUGUUCCACGCCGCACAGACGAGUGAUGCGCCGCUUGUCGUUGAGACGAGUCCGGGAGUCGUGUGUACGCGAUUUGCACGUCCGAUCGCGCGUGUAGGGUUAUACGUUCCAGGCGGAACGGCUAUACUCCCCUCAACAGCCUUGAUGCUCGGCGCACCAGCCCAGGUCGCAGGAUGCCAUGAAAUCGUGCUCGCAACUCCACCCCGUCCCGACGGGAGCAUCUCCCCCGAGGUGAUGUACGUCGCGCAACUCGUAGGCGCGUCAGCAAUCCUGAUAGCUGGAGGUGCACAAGCCGUCGCGGCCCUUGCGUACGGAACAGAGAGCGUUCCGAAGGUAGACAAGAUUUUCGGACCUGGAAAUCAAUGGGUCACCGCUGCGAAGAUGCUUGUGCAGAACGAUACAGAUGCACUCGUGUCUAUUGAUAUGCCUGCUGGACCUUCAGAAGUCUUGGUUAUAGCAGAUCACACAGCAAACGCAUCCUUCGUCGCUGCCGACCUCCUCUCCCAAGCCGAACAUGGCAUCGACUCUCAAGUAGUCCUCGUCGCAAUCAACCUCCCUACCUCCCACAUAUCCGAAAUCGAAUACGAACUCGACAAACAAGCCCGUGCCCUCCCACGAGUCGACAUCAUGCGCGAAUCCAUUCCAAAGAGCUUAAUCGUCAAUGCCAAGUCAUUUGACGAAGCAAUUCAAUUUUCGAAUGACUAUGCUCCGGAGCACCUUAUCCUCCAUAUUGAACAGGCUGCAGAGGCGGUGAAGAAGGUUAAUAAUGCUGGGAGUGUCUUUGUUGGGCCUUAUACACCUGAAAGCUGUGGUGACUAUGCAUCCGGUACAAACCACACGCUUCCAACAAAUGGGUAUGCUCGGCAGUUUAGCGGCGUCAACACUCAAUCUUUCCAAAAGCACAUUACGUCUCAGGAGAUCACUCGAGAAGGGCUAGAGAUCCUCGGACCCGUUGUUGCUACUCUCGCCGACACGGAAGGACUUGGAGCUCAUGCAAAUGCUGUACGCCUGCGUUUACAAGCAGGAGCGUAACCAUAAAACCCCAAGGAAUAGAAAUGAAUUAGGUGGAAAUGGAAAAUAGAGAAAUGAUAACUUGUAUUAUUGGAUAUCAAUUUAUUACAGCC